AGAGUUUUUUCUCCUCUUGGGGUCGAAAUAUUGAUAUUGGGAGAUUGAAAAUCAGCUAAAUGGGCCUUAAAUAUUUUUUUUCUCUAAAAAAAAUUGUUGUAUGGUUGAUGUUUGAGCGUUACUAUUGAGCUAAAAUUUGUGGAUUGUACGCAGCGGGACCCGGUAUAACAAUAGAAGUGUAAGUCAAUUUGAUCGUUUUAUUGGCAGCCUUGUUGUUUCCAACUCUCCAUAGGUGUAGUACUGCAUAAAUGGCUUUCACUUCUCUACAACUUUGGUACAAUUCCAGAGGGUCAAUGACACUCUCAAAACCACCAUUGCCAAUUCGAUCCAAGAGCCUCAUCUCCAUUUCCUGCAAUUUCACUGCUAAGAACCUAAAUCAAUGUACACGAGAUUGCUCAUUCAUGCCAAGGAACAAGGAAAAUUUUCUGGGAAACAAAGUGCCAUUACUUCCUAACGGCAGGCUCAGACUGAAGGUUUCGGCAUCUUCAGGAGAAGAAGCUGAGUCAGCAUAUCUAGAGGAGUUCAGUUGGUCUUCUGUUAUUUUGCCAUUUAUCUUCCCAGCCUUAGGUGGGUUGUUAUUUGGCUAUGAUAUUGGUGCGACCUCAGGUGCUACCAUCUCAUUGCAGUCGCCUGAGUUUAGUGGAACAACUUGGUACAGCCUCUCAGCUGUUCAGCUUGGUCUUGUGGUCAGUGGUUCCCUUUAUGGAGCUCUUAUUGGCUCCAUACUCGCCUACCCAUUUGCUGAUUUCCUAGGAAGGAGGAGGGAACUGAUCAUAGCAGCCAUUUUAUAUGUGGCUGGCGGUUCAUUAACUGCCUAUGCUCCAGGACUAGGGGCACUCUUGUUGGGCCGUCUUGUUUAUGGACUAGGAAUUGGUCUGGCGAUGCAUGGAGCACCUCUAUAUAUAGCAGAGACUUGUCCAUCCCAAAUCAGAGGGACAUUAAUAUCUUUAAAAGAGCUGGCAAUAGUAUUGGGUAUUUUGCUGGGUUAUUCUGUAGGUAGCUAUGAGAUUGAUGUCAUUGGAGGGUGGCGUUACAUGUUUGGAUUAAGUGCUCCAAUUGCUUUGUUGAUGGGAUUUGGCAUGUGGACUCUCCCGCCCUCUCCCAGAUGGUUACUUCUGAGGGCAAUUCAAGGUAAAGGACCAUUGCAGGAAUACAAAGAGAAGGCUAUUGGAGCAUUGAGCAAACUGAGAGGCCGCCCUGCUGGUGAAAAAGUAUCUGAAAAACAAAUAGAUGAUACUAUUAUGUCAUUGAAAACUGCCUAUACAAAUCAAGAAGCUGAAGGAAAUUUUCUGGAGGUAUUGCAAGGGCCAAGUUUGAAAGCAUUUCUAAUUGGAGGAGGUUUGGUCCUUUUUCAACAGAUAACUGGGCAGCCAAGCGUUCUGUAUUAUGCUGGUUCAAUUCUUCAGAGUGCUGGUUUUUCUGCAGCUGAAGAUGCUACUCGAGUUUCAGUCGUUAUUGGUAUAUUUAAGUCACUGAUGACGGCAGUCGCUGUCCUAAAAGCUGAUGACCUUGGGAGAAGGCCAUUGUUGAUUGGAGGAGUCAGUGGAAUUGCCCUAUCACUGUUUCUUCUUUCAGCUUAUUAUAAAUAUCUCGGCAGUUUCCCUUUGGUUGCUGUGUCUGCUCUGCUUCUCUACGUGGGAUGCUACCAGAUAUCUUUUGGGCCUAUUAGCUGGCUUAUGGUAUCAGAGAUUUUCCCACUCCGCACGAGAGGGAAGGGGAUAAGUCUGGCAGUUCUCACCAAUUUUGGUUCUAAUGCGAUAGUGACCUUUGCCUUUUCACCUCUGAAGGAGUUGCUUGGGGCAGAAAAUCUUUUCCUUCUAUUUGGAGUGAUUGCUUUGUUGUCUCUUCUGUUUGUGGUCACCUCUGUUCCAGAGACUAAAGGCUUGAGCUUAGAAGAAAUUGAGUCCAAACUCUUGAGGUGAAGACAUAGUUUUGUGUCCUUGAGCAUACAAAUAGAAUAGUUGAUCUCUUCUUUUAUGUAUCAAUUCUAUCAGAAUACAUGUUUUAUCGUUGUUCUGUAAAUGAUAAACUGGGUUGAUUUCUGUGGCUGUAGUGUGGGCUUAACUGGCUGGUAGAAGUUAAAAACAUUCUUAGUUUUCUUUUGAGAAGCAAAACAACAUUUUUACUGUGUUUUAACUUUGAUGGUCUUGAGAAUGAUUUAUUCCUAGCAAAGGAAGGAAGCAUUCUUGUUUUUA